CAGGCUCAACUGGUUCAUGUUAUCUAUGAUAAACAGAGCAUGUUUCAAAAAGACGCGGACUACAGAUUCAUAUAGAACUGUCGAGAGAUGCAGUUGCAUAGCUGGGUCGCUUUUGGCUCCCUGCUCAUAUUUGGGGUUGUGUCUUCAAACUUGGCCCAGGACAGCAGCAAGUUACACAGAAGUGAGAGAGAAGAGUCGAUUUUGAGAAAUGCUCUACGGGUGCUGAUAGAAAGAAACCAUGUACGUCAUCCCCAGAAAAGUCUGCAGUUUAGUGGAAGAAUUUCGGUGAAGCGUGACCCCGAAGCAUACGGUAAAAAUGCUACUGACGAUGACCUUGGCAACGACAACGAAGGGGAUGUGGACAAUGCGCACGAUUACAAGGUGCUGGGGGAAAAGGGCGACUCUAAGGCUGUCCACGACAAAUACAGAAAAGAUCACAUUAAGGAUGCCCAUACUGAUAACACAGAAGGCGUAAUACAAGAACAGGAAGAGGAGUGCAAGGAGUACUUUCACCAAAUACAGUUGGCGAUUAAACAUGGCCGAAAACCGGAAGACGUUCCAAAACCGGGUGCUGAUUGUGAGAUUUAUCAGAAUGAAAAAAGAAUGAAUGGAAGAUCUAAACGGUUUGCCGCCUGGAAUCCUGGUGUUUGGGAUAAAGGGAUCGUGCCUUUCUUAUUUGAUGUGGAAUCAAUGUCUGACGAAAGAAAGCAGUUCAGUCGGAUUCGCGCACACAACCACUACGAGUACUGGACAUGUCUGAGGUUCACCCCGUACACAGAGACCACCCAGAAUGACUACGGAUUGAGUCACAACAAUUACCUCAAACACCUCAACACAGGAGGAUGCUGGUCAUUUGUUGGCAAUCUAGUUAAAAAGAACGGUCAAAAUAUCAACUGUUGUGGUAAUGAUAUUUGUGUGCAUGAGCUUGGUCAUGCUUUUGGGCUACAUCACGAACAGAAGAACCCUCUGCAUGAUGACUCUUUGAGUGUUAAAUACAGCAACAUACAGGAGAAGUACAAGAGUCAGUAUUAUGAGAGUAACAUUAAAAGGAGCCGGUUGUUUGGGUAUUAUGAUCUGUCAAACGUGAUGCAUUACGGAAUGUAUGGUUUUACUACUGGUGGUCCAACGAUGUCUGUUUUUGAUCCGGAUCUAAAAUAUCUUGUAAGAAAAACAGAUCCUUACCAAUAUUAUUUGUUCAGCGAAGUGUCUCAGAUUACAGAUUGCAAAGGACUAAAGUGCAGCGAUUUUUCUCUGACCUGUGACAAUUCGGGGUACCAAGCUUACAUCAAAGACCAGUGCACCUGCCGCUGUCCAGAAGGACUUGAUCCAGCUAUGGGAUGUCGCACUCGUUAUGACGGAGACCGAAUGUUAGCUUCCAAAUGGCCCUCUGAUUCCUUUACGAAUCUCGGUACACAGACCACUGGUUGUCCAAGUGGAUUUUAUGAAGGCAGCCUCACUCAGCAUCACAAGGAUACUAAACAAAGUCACGUCAGUUCUAUUUUUAGUGCUGAUGUAAUAUAUGAACCGACAUCUACGGCAUACAACUUUUGUACAAAGAAAAAAACGGCCAAAGAUGCUACUUCAUUGAGUUGGCCAGCGGGAAAAUACUGCAUAUAUCAACAAGACGAAGUAUGCCCUUCAGGGUUUACCUUUGGAUACAUUCAAUACGAUGAUUUGAAAAACACUUCUAACAUUUCCGGAAUCCUUCCCGAUGGUCAGUUUAAAAGCGACUCAAGGUUCUAUUUCUGUUGCCGUAGUGACGGUUCCACAUCUUCAUCCAGUGAACCUUUCAUCAUGUUUCCGUCUACAAGAUACUGUCAGGAAGUUACAGGAAUGUCAUCAAGUCGACAAUUCUUAAGGAUUAAAAACUACAAGGAAUUAUUGCAUAGAUAUGGAGAUAUACCAUAUAUGACGAUUAGUUACACUGUCAACUACAAACUGCACUUCUGUUAUUACACACCACUGGGAUUCGACGAUGAAUCAACUUCUUAUUCAAGAUGGCCGGCGGAACCCUUUUCUUUGAUACAGGCGUCUACAGGGUGUCCUAAAGGUUUUGAGCCGGGGCAAUUUGUGGAGUACUCCUAUUACUCCUCGGUUUCUUCAGAUACAUAUUCUGCUCUGACAUCCUCAGACCAAUCUUUACAAUAUCAAUUCUGUACAAAACCUCAGACUGUCCCUAUAGGAGAACAAACAACGUGGGGCCCAGGUUCUUACUGUAUCAUCAGAUCUGGAGGGAGUUGUCCUGAAGGAUUCAGUGAAGGAUCAAUAUCUCUGGUGGACAGCCAGCCCCCAUCUGACAUCUCUGGAUCCCUCCCUGAUGGUUCCUAUGAUGAUAGCGUUACUCUCCACUUCUGUUGUCGAGAGGAUGGCUUCGCUAGAAACCCGCUUUUAAUUCCAAACAAAGAACCCUUUAUUCUGUUCAAAAAAAUUUCAGCUUGCCAGAAAGUUGAUGAUAUGAGUUUUGAGGAAGAAACAUACUCCGUAGGAACAAAAAACAAGGUUCCGAUAAAAUCCGGACAGACUCCAAAAAUAUCUACCAGAUACGGAAAAGUCGAUUUCUACUUCUGUUACUACUAUCCAACAACAUAUGACUGUGGAGAGACUAUUCAUCUGUCAACGACCGGACAAACCACUGUCGAUAUCUCCAGUCCUCAAUACCCCUUACCGUACCCCUCUGGAAGAAAAUGUUACUGGAACGUUAUAGCACCUCCUGGAUCCAAACUGAAGCUUGACUUCUAUGAUUUUGAUAUUGUGGCUAAUUCAGAUGGAACAUGUGAGGAUAGGUUAGAAAUCAGGCAUUCACUUCCGGGUCAAUUUGGAUUAAGUUAUUGUGGAGACAGAUUCCCGGACACAAUUAUUACAGAGAAAAAUCAGUUAGGUUUGACCUUUGAAACAAGUCUCCGUAAUUCUGCAAAAGGAUUUUCGGCUCGGGUUACUUUACUUAAUGAAAAUGAUUCCAGCUUCUGUUACACCAACAACGGAGAAAACUACAGAGGAACAGUUGAUAUAACCAGACGGUUUGCCAAAUGUGUGCCUUGGUCAGAAGUCAAACACUGUUUAAGUAGUACAUACAAUCCUAUGGAUCUUGAUGACGAUCUUCUGAAUAAUUAUUGUCGAAAUCCUGGCCAUGGCACCAGACCUUGGUGUAUAACCAACAAGUAUAUGUGUACCAGAGGAUACUGUGACGUUUGUGGGAUCGAAAAAUGUUACGACAUAUUUGAUGAUUGCGAAGAAAGGGUAACUGAUACUCUGAGCUGCGAAAGAGAUCCCGAACUACAAAGAAGCUGUAGAAUGUCUUGCAAUUUGUGCAACCGACAACCAGCAACAGGGGUUGGUUCUGUGACAUGUGGAAUGCCGGUGGUACCCUCAGAUUCCACAAGUGGAGUCCUGAAAGAAAGUUACUCUGUUGAUGAGACGGUGGUACUCUUCUGUGAAACAAACGCGUUCGAGACUCAGACAAUCACCUGUUUAGCUGACGGAACAUGGUCGAACGCAGGCUUUUCUUGUGGACGUUGUAAAACCGGAUGGAUUCCUUACCAGGGCCAAUGCUACAAGGCGUUUUACGAUGAAGUUGACCGUGAUACCGCAGUAACCAGAUGUGCGUCUGAGAACAACGCGAUACUAGCGUCAAGCCGAGACACAAAGGAAAAUGGAUUUCUGACUAGCUUAGUUCAAGAUGGCGUCCCUUUUUGGAUUGGUAUAAAAGACAAUUUAUGGGCGGACGGAGAACCAGUGGAAUGGACUAACUAUAAAUCAGGUGCAACAAAAAGUUGUGCAUACAUAACCGACGGGAACGGGAAAUGGAAGGGUACAGGCUGUUCUUCAGCCUACUACAUCCCCUACGUCUGCUCGUAUUCUCCACAAGCUCGUAAGAUUUGCAAAGAUGCUACAGACAAUUGCGUGAAGUAUGUAAACGCUGACGCCCAAGCAUGCACUAAUGAUGAGUUUGUUUGGCACACGUGUCCAGAGACUUGUGGAUACUGCAACCAAAUAGACGACAAUUGCCCUGUGCCCAGCAUUACCUUAGAGAGCAACACAGAACUGGUCAAUACCGACAGUGCUCUAGCAAUCGGUGACGUGUUACAGUACAGGUGUAAAUCUGGAUAUUCCCACACCCAAGGUGAUCUCUACCGAGCGUGCAAAAGAAGUGGGUCUUUUACAGGGGAUCCACCCCAAUGUUCAGUGUCCAGUACAGUGCUAGAACCCAACAAUAACGCACCAUUGGUUUCCAUGGGGAAAUCUCUUUCAACCCGAUUUAGCUUCACCGGUAUGAACGAGAUGAUGACGAUCAAGAAGAGUGGGAAACUCGUCAAAUGGCAGUUCUACAGCGAGACAGACGGAACGGUGGCUCUACAAGUCUGGAGACCAACCCCCACUGAUAAAACCUACAUGUUGAUUGGUCAGGACGAGAUACCUAACUCUUUUGUUGGCGGGAUUCGAACUUUCGAAGUCCCCACUGAAAACCAAAUUGACGUCCAAAAUGGAGAUCUAAUCGGCAUUUUUUCUCUCAGUGCGGAGAUCCCUUUUGAGCGAUGUGAUACCGCUACCAGUGGAGAGACAUAUGGGUCAGUCAUGAAGUCAGUGAGCAAGAAAUCCUCGGUGUCUGGUUGGUCCGUUUCUACACAGUACACGUUUCAGGAUGUCUCUGAUAGCUGUAGGAUAAUACCCGUCACUGCUUUUAUUAUGUAGAUUAACCCCCAGUUUCUUUUUUUUUAAAUAUAUUUUCUGGUGUUCUUCGCAUUGCAUAGUUGAGAUGAAUUUGGCCAUUUUGAGAGGUUAGAAUAACAACCAUAUUGAAUCGAAAAUAAUAAAACUAUUGCAGAAGUUCAUUUGCUGUACUGAUUUUUUUUUUUGUAAUAUUUGCUAUUCUUUGAUAUUCUAUGCAUUUUCUUGCACAUGAAAUAAAAUUGUAGUACAUGUAAAUUAACCCUGUUUUUAACGUAUUUAAUUUAUUGUGACAACGAUGUGUAUUAAUUAUUAUAACUAACAGUGAACAAAAGGUUUUAUAAUCACAAAAAAGUUUACAACAUGCGGUCACAACUCGACAAAAUUACGUUUUACCUGGUUAAAAAUGGUGACCGUCUUACCAAAAAGUCUUCUUGUAGAGUUUUCGUAACAACAACACAUGGUGCUGACAAGUAAAGAAAAAUCUAUAAAUAAAUCAUAUAUGUGUUCCUAUUUUGAUUUUAUCCCUAUUUGUGACGAAAACAAAUUUAAAUCUUUUAUUCAUGUAUUUAAAAUAUAAAAAUAAAUAGAGAUUGAAAACAAGGUAUCUAACUAAGCUCAGGCCAUACAUGUACAUGUAUGUGGCGUUCAAACAAAAUGUUUAAUUAGAACCCUAAGUAUCAAUUAUGAACAUAACCAAACAGGAACGGUCUUUGAUGACACAAUCCAGACGUGAAAUCUUUCCUCCUUGGGUAGAAUUCUUGUCGUUAUCGAAAUGAAUCUCUACAAAAAAAUUGAUGUGUUUUUUGUAAAGACAGAUGAUGAAACAUAUUUUCUUUCAAUUGCAAAUUUUACGAAAACAAUUUUAAUUUGUUAAUUUGAAUAAGAAUUCAGAUGAGACUGUCAGCUCAAAUAUUAAAGUGGGAAAAAAUCAAAGACCAACCGCCAAAUAUCUCAAUAUAAUUUACUCAGUAAGACAAAAUAAUCUGAAUGUUCAAAUCAAAGUAAACCUAUGCCCUUAAACUAUUGUAUCUACUAUGAUAUUAAAUUUGUAUUUUCAAUGAUUUCAAAGUGACAUAUAUGUCCAAUGGGCUGAGUGUACUCUAAUGAUGUAUGAUAUUAUAAUGCACUAUACUUUUGACAUGAACAUGUCACUAUAAUAAAAUAUUUACUUAC